AUGGCGCUUGAAACAGGAAUGUCCAACCUCACCAUAUCGGACAUCCAUUCCUUAAAGAAGAACACGGCACUGGAAAUUCUUGCCCAGAUCUCACGAGUUGAGAAAAAGACCUUCCCCACCAAUGAGGCAUUCCCAUUUGGCGAAGAGCUGUGGAGAAAGAAGCCCAACACGCGAGUGCUGUACGCGACUCGAGCGAAGGGAUCGCAGUCUGAUCUGAUCGCCUACGCGGUCUAUGUACGACAGAAGGGCGUUGCGCUCUUGCACAAAGUCUGUGUGACAGAGGCUAACCGCCGUCAAGGUGUUGGCCAGGAGGUCAUGUCCUACAUUCAGCAGCGCCUGCGAAAGGAGGGCUGCCAGUACAUUCAACUGUGGGUGGAUCAGGCCAGGGAGCCUGCACGCGCCUUGUAUGCCAGCGGUGGAUUCGAGGAGCGUGAAGUAAUCCCUGAUUACUACGCCCCUGGACGGACAGGCAUCAAGAUGAUCCUGGAUUUGGGAACGUGA